AUUGUUGUUUGCUUCAUCUGUCAUGGCUAGCUUCUUGCAUGCUGGUCUGGUAUCUCAGGUUAGUGCUAAAUCUGAACUUGGACCUGGGGAAAUUCUGUCAAGUUACGAUGGAGAUCUCUUAGAGUUAUCAAGUGCGGUGUUACAAUUCGGGCAGGUAGGGGACUCGGGCAUCUGGUAUUUGUAUGUAGAGUCGACUAGCUAUGGAUCCUCAUCGACUUCAGAAGAAAAAAGAAUUUGGGUUGCUUGGAACAGUUGGAAGAGCGAAAUUGAAGAUCCACACUUUCCAAAAUUAAAAAUGGAGGAAGGAGGACGGUUGGUGGUAAUAUCUACUACUAGUAGUAAUGGAACUGCAGAAUUCGUUAUAAACGCUGAACAACAUGCGUAUAUUAAAAACACAACAGCAGUUCUAAUAAGUAAUGGCAACUUAAUUUUGCUAAGUCCAGAGGGUAAGAUCUUGUGGGAAAGUUUCGAUCACCCCACUAAUCUCUGGUUUCCAGGCAUGAAAUUGGGUUGGUUUGGGCUGAAAACCCAACGGCCUCACCAACGUUUUCUGACUUCUUGGAUAAGUCGGUAUAACCCUUCUCCUGGUGUAUUUACCUUGGGUGUUGAUCCAAACAAUACCAAGCAGCUAGUUGUCUUGCGAAAAGGGGGUUGUUUAUUGGCAAAGCGGGUCCUGGAAUGGCAUCACUUUUCCAUUUCUCCCACUUCACUCCAAUACCAUUGGCUAUUUCUCUGACGAGAACCAAACCUAUU